CGCUCUCGCUCACUCACUCGCUCGCUCUCACUCUCAGAGUCACGCGCGAGCUGCUGGUCCUCCGAUGCGAUCCGUGUAGCUCAGUGAGGAGGCAAAAAGGUCGCGUGGACGCGUUUCAUGGCAGCAGCGCUGAUCACCGCCACGAGCUCCGCGCUCGCGCCGCUGGGACACGACGAGUUCGCCGCGGAGGAUCCCUGCGCCCUCUUUCACUUCGACUGCAAGAGCCCCCAGCCGGACAGGGUGUUGGCCAGCGACUAUGCGCAGGCGAAGCUCGAGAUGGACAAAUACCUGACGCCUCAGCCCCAGGCUUCCCUGCUGGCCAAGAAGGAUCAGAGCUUGUCUGUGGUGGACCAGUUAUUUGGAGAUGACCAUGGCUCCCCUUAUAGCAUCAACAUGAAUGUCUACCUGCCUGACAUCGCCUACCUACGUAGCGGUCUGUGCCGCCCAGCCCGUUCCUCCGUCCCCAGCCAAGUCAAAAGCAAGCCAGUGACCUCAUCACCUUUCUCUUCCCCACUGGACUGUUCCAUUAGUACACCCGUCCCGGCUCCACCAACUCUGCCAGAGUUCACCAGCAUCUUCAGUUCAGCUUCCGGGCCAGGCGUAGGAAUGGACGCCUGUGACGCUUCUGGCGGCAUCUUUGUCAAGCAGGAGAUGCCGUCUUUCGAGCUUCCCCAGGAUGGCCAUCUCUUCCAUCUUCUGAGCUCAGAGCUGGAUGAUCCCAUCCAAGGUGUUUCGGACUCUCAUGCCCACGCCAUGCCCUCACAGGUGCCCGCCUACCAUGACCUGCACUUAGCAGCCCCACAGACUGUGGCCAAGCCAUACUGCAGCAUGCAGGCCACUGGGUAUACUCUGGGUCCAGGCCACUUCACUCAAGGCCAGACACAGGUCAAAGCGCCCUAUCUUCCACCCUCGCCGCCCACCUCCGAACCUGGCAGCCCGGACCGGCAGAAAGAGCUGCUUCAAAACCUGACGCCCCCACCAUCUUACGCUGCCACCAUUGCGUCCAAAAUGGCUGCCCACACACCCAAUCACACCAUGCCCACAUCCACACGCACACCUGCAAAUCCUGGAGCUGGAGGCAUGCCGGUCCGCUACAACCGCAGGACAAACCCUGACCUGGAGAAGAGGCGAAUACACCACUGCGAUUUUCCAGGUUGUAAGAAGGUUUACACCAAGUCAUCGCAUCUGAAAGCUCAUCUGAGGACGCACACUGGCGAGAAGCCGUACAGGUGCACGUGGGAGGGCUGCGACUGGCGCUUCGCCCGCUCUGACGAGCUCACACGUCACUUCCGAAAACACACGGGCGCCAAGCCUUUCCAGUGCGGCGUGUGCAGCCGCAGCUUCUCACGCUCCGACCACCUCGCCCUGCACAUGAAGAGACAUCAGAACUAAACAACACGUUUAUGUAUGACAUGACUGUACACACACUGACAAUCAUAAUAUGUACUUACACACAGACCUGCGCUCACACACUCUGUACAGAACACACACACAAUGCUUAUCGUGCACUUGAAGAGACACUAGAACAAAACACACAUUUGUAGCCAAUUUAGACGACCCUUCUUAUGUACUUAUCACUUAAGGUGAUUAUUUCCCUUUGACUUGUCCACACAGUUUGAGCAAGCUUUGAGUUUCUCACUUCAUUAGUUCAACCUGACUGUAAUCUCUCCCUGCUAUGCAAUCACUCACUCAUUGAAAUGCGUAAAGGUGCACAUGGACGCCACAUAAAUCACUACCUGACUCUUAAAGUAGCAAUUUGUUUUCACU